AUGGUGCAGAUUUCUGCCGCUGGAGGUUAUAUCACGCGAAUGGUGCAUGACUUCUGGCAUGAAGGUUCUCAUCCUCGAUUCUCAGAAGGUAUCGUCACUCUCUUCUCCAAUUUCUCGGAGGUUCUUGAAGUUUUCUUAGUUGAAAUGGUGGAUUCCACAGCCAAGGAAUCCAUGUCAAACCUCAAAGCUGAAGAGUUCUAUGCAGAUUCUGUAGCCAUUGAUCCUUAGCAUUUCACUUUAAAUGUGCCUUUCAACCAUGUUUACAUGUUUCCAGCAGUUGUGGUGGAUCCUUUGAGUUGGCAGAACUAUUUUGAUUGGGUGGUUGUUGGUAUUGCUGCUAUUUUCUUAGCAGUGAAACGUUGACCUGUUAUUAGAUAUCAACGGACAUUAGACAUUGCAAAGGAAUCAACGAAACUUAUGUACAAACAGGAAAGUGGUCUUUUUUUAUUUUAUUUCAGAUUAUCAGGAAUUUCUCUACUUUUGCUUAUAGUUGAUAGGAGAGAUGACCUUGUUACACCAUUAGUAAAUCAAUUGACAUAUCAGGCUACGGUCCAUGAGUUGAUUGGCAUUCAAGAAAAUAAAAUGGACUUGAGAAACAUCGGCAAAUUCAAGGACCAGCAGGUGGAAAUAAUUCUCUCUUUUUUCUGUCAUCAGGACAAGAUGCCUUUAAAGCGCAACAUGUAUGAAAAUUUUGGAGAUCUUGGAAUGAACAUCAAGAGAAUGGUAGAUGAAAUCCAGCAGGUUGCGAAGAGUAACCAAAACAUUCAAACAAUAGAAGACAUGGCCAAAUUUGUUGAUAACUACCGUGAGUACCGAAAACGCAAGGUAACGUGUCGAUCGAAGCAUGUUACAAUAGUAACAGAACUGAGCAAGAUAGUUGAGGAGCUAAAACUUAUGCUAGUUUCACAAACAGAUCAAGAUCGAUAUCUAGCUUGCAAUGAUGGGCAGGUGGCUGCAAUAUUUGAGACCGUGAUGAAUCUUCAAAACAAUGAAGGCAUCUCUGACAUUGACCGUUUACGUCUGACUUUUGUCAUUGCAAGCAGUGAUUGGACAGUGUUCUCUGCAUCCCCAGCAGUUCCUAUAGUGUUCACAGUGGUAGUGACAGUAUUACAGGGGUUUGGCAGUAUACACAAAGGUCUCACAGUGAUUGGGAGUCAUCCAGGGGUAAUUCUAUCAUUUUCAGGCAUGGACAGCAUUGCAGGGGUAUUUCUAUAA